GCAGAGCCGCCGCCGAAGCCGAUGGGGAGGCGGCGCUGAGCGGGCUGCCCUCCGCGGGAGUCGGCAGCCGAGGGCAGCGGCGCGGCGGGCGAGCAAUGCCUCUCACUUCUCCGCUUGCGCUUCCCGUCCUCCUCCUCCUCCCGCUCCCGGCUUUUAAGCUUUUGUUUUCCCCGGCUGCUGCGAUGGCAGGAAACUUCCCGGAGGGAUGGGCUCAGGCCGCGCUUCUGCUGCGCCGGGCUCCGCAGAUCACCGGCUGCGCCGUGAGGUUAUUUGGGAAGGGAAUACUUUGUUGAACAAAACAGCACAAGAUGACUUAUGAUUCCUGCUCUUCAUGGGAACCUGUCUGGAUUGUCCCUGCAGAAUGCUACAGCUUCCUUUCCUCUUCAGUGUUCUUGUCUUGUGGAGUCAUAAACCUCAGUGGAACUUUGGCACAAGCUUGUCACUGUGUGCAGAGAUGGAGGAGAUAGAUUGCCCUCUGAAGAUGCCUCUAUCCCUCUUCUGAUUAUAAACAUGAAAACAGCCAGAAGGGACUGUUGCAGUCAUCCAGAAUGAAUGAGAUGGAAAUACUGACAUGAAUUUAAGAACUUUGACACUUUCAGACAUUGAAUUUUGAUUGUUAAACGAUCAGUUAAAAAUACUGCCUGAACAAGAUGAAAUGCCUUGAAGACUUUUGGUUCUGCUUUCAUUUCUCCUGAAGCAAUGGUUUUCUCAGCAAUGUUGACGCUGGCCCAGUCUGGGACCUCAAAUGCUACUUUUAUUGUCUAUGAAAAUGCCUAUACGAAUUUUACCACUCCCCAGUUCUUGCUUCAUAGUGGCACAACACAGCCACUGAGAUAUAGUUCAGGUGUUGUGCUCACCACUGAGAGAAGUACUUUUCUGGUAAACACUACAGCUAUCCUGCCAUCGCAAGAAGUUUUCCGGAGCUUGAGUUUGCCACUCCAGAUCAUUCUUUCUGCUGCUAUGAUAUUUAUCCUGUUGGUUUCUUUCCUUGGAAACUUUGUUGUCUGCCUCAUGGUCUACCAGAAGGCGGCUAUGCGAUCUGCAAUUAACAUCCUCUUAGCAAGCCUGGCUUUUGCAGACCUGCUGCUGGCAGUGCUGAAUAUGCCAUUUGCUCUUAUAACAAUCAUUACCACUCGGUGGAUUUUCGGGGAUAUAUUUUGCAGAGUUUCUGCCAUGUUCUUUUGGCUUUUUGUCAUAGAGGGGGUAGCCAUUCUUCUCAUUAUUAGUAUUGACCGAUUUCUUAUCAUAGUUCAGAGGCAAGAUAAACUGAACCCUUACCGUGCAAAGAUUCUCAUUGUGAUUUCCUGGGCAGCAUCCUUUGUUGUUGCUUUUCCGUUAUCAGUAGGGAAUCCUAACCUGGAGAUACCCUCAAGAGCACCUCAGUGUGUUUUUGGCUACUCUACAAGCCCAGGUUACCGAGCCUAUGUGAUAGUUAUCUUGCUAAUUUCUUUUUUUAUUCCCUUCCUGGUAAUGCUGUAUUCUUUUAUGGGCAUACUCAACACCGUCCGCCACAAUGCAGUUCGUAUCCAUAGCCACCCUGAUAGCAUAUGUCUCAGCCAGGCCAGCAAACUUGGUCUCAUGAGCUUACAGAGACCUUUUCAGAUGAAUAUUGAUAUGAGCUUUAAAACUCGUGCCUUCACAACCAUCUUGAUUUUAUUCCUUGUCUUCAUAGUCUGUUGGGCACCAUUCACCACUUACAGCCUUAUUGCCACGUUCAACAGCCACUUCUACUACAAGCACAACUUUUUUGAGAUAAGCACUUGGCUCCUUUGGCUCUGCUACCUCAAGUCUGCACUGAACCCACUGAUUUACUACUGGAGGAUUAAGAAGUUUCAUGAUGCAUGCUUAGACUUGAUGCCCAAAUUCUUCAAGUUUCUGCCACAGCUCCCUGGCCACACGAGGCGGCGCAUUCGACCCAGUGCCAUCUACGUGUGUGGGGAGCACCGGUCAGUGGUUUGAAACUGCGGUUCUUUGACAAUGUUGUUGCAUUUUGGGAUUAUUUUCAGGCUUUAGGUUGAAUUUUGUCUUGUUUCAUAUGGCUUUUUCGGUAUGGCCGUAUCUUAUAACUUGAUUUAAUUUUCCACUACUCUGUGCAAUUUUGGGAAGAAAGAUAGAGGGAGGGAAAGUGAUUGGUUAUAGUUGGGUUUACUACCGGAAUACAAUGUAAACAAAAUAACAAAUGUUACCUCUGGGAUUCCAUGGAAAUCCAUUCUUUUAAAUGAAAACUGCAUUUGUAACAUUUUGUCAGGUUUAUGCUUACUAGGCCUGCAAUCUAAUUGUAGGGACUUUUUAUGCUGCUAAGAUAUGGUGUAUUUAGUUGGUGUAAUUUUUCUGAAAAAUGUUGCUGCUGUCUGCCAAUUUAUUAGAGCCAAAAAGUCUCAUUAGAUUACUUCUAUUUAAUUUAACAAUAUUUCAGAAGUUUUCAUGAUAACAUUAGAAACCUUUUUUUAGUAUUUCCAUUAAUAUUUUUGUGCACUUUACAAAAUUUACUAUAUACUUUUUUCAUUGGAAUGUUUUGUUCUAUAUUGAAGGUGUAUUAUUAUUGCUGUUAUUAUUAUUGGUUAUGUUGGUGAAUUUCAAUGAAAGACCCAUGUAAGCUCUAGGAGAGCAAUUUAUGUUGGUAUAGCUACAUGUACAGUCAUAAAUUUGCUGUUUUUCUAACGAUUGGUCAAAAGUAACAUUAACUGCUCAGUUUUCAGGGGAGUUAGAAGGAGAAAAUGGAGGAAUGGAAGGGAAAGAAAGCAACAAAAAUUCCAUGACCUGAGGUUUAGGCUAACACACGAUUUA